AUGGGGAAGCGCAACAGGAGCCGCGCGAUGGUGCUCGCGAGGAAGCGACGCGGCGGCGCGCCCGCGAAGCCCGCCGCGGGCGCGAAGGACGGCGGCGACGCGGGGGCGAUUCCGAACAAAAUCACGUUCGACGACGACGACGACGACGACGACGACGACGACGACGGCGACGGCGACGUUCGCGAGGUCCCUCCCCCGCCGCCGCCGCGCGCCCCCGACGAGAAGAUCGUCCUCCCGCGGACGUCCGCGCCGUGGUUCUCGCGCACGCUCUCCGCGCGCUCCACGACGCACUUCGAGGAGUACUACCGCCGUCAGAACAUCCUCGCGGACGAGCGCGAGUGGAGCGCGUUUCUCGCGCACCUCCGCGCGCCCCUUCCCGUGACGUUCCGGAUGUCCAUCAUGGCGUCGCACCGCGCGGGCGUGGAAGAGGCGCUGCGCGAGGGGAAGCGCCUCCUGACCCCGGGCGCGGAGAACCCGCGGCCGCGGACGGACGACGGCCGCGUCGUCCCGCCGCCGCGGCGAUUGGACUGGUGCGACGGAUGGCAGCUCGGGGUGGACAAGAUGACGCUCAAAUACUCGCGCGACGCGACGCUGCGAGAGACUCAACGGUGGCUCGUGAAGCACAACAGCACGGGGGUGCUGACGCGACAGGCCGUGGACUCCAUGGUCCCGGCCGCGAUCUUGGGGGUGGAGCCGCACCACGCCGUGCUGGAUCUGUGCGCGUCGCCGGGGAGUAAGACGACGCAGUGCCUCGAGGCGUUGCACGCCGGCGGCGAAACCGGCGGCGGCGGCGCGCCCGCCGGGUGCGUCGCCGCGAACGACAUCGACCCGCGGAGGUGUUAUUUUUUAGUCAGGCGAUGCGCGGCGCUGGGUGCGGCGACGCAGGCGCUGAUGGUGACGAACCACCACGCGCAGUGGUUCCCGAACGGCAACGUCCCGCUGACGACGGUCGCCGGGGGGACGACGCCCGGGCGCGGGCGGGACGCGAUUGCAAAGGCGAUCGCGAAGGCGAAGGCGAACGGCGCCCCGGGCUCCGCGCCGCUCGCGCCGUUCGCGACGCGCGAAGACGGCGGUCGGUACCCGGAGGGCAGCUUCGAUCGAAUCAUAUGCGACGUCCCGUGCAGCGGCGACGGCACGCUGCGCAAGAACCCGCAGAUCUGGAGCGAGUGGCGGCCGGAGUUCGCCAUGGGGCUGCACGCGUUGCAGCUUCGCAUCGCGCAACGCGGCGUCGCGUUGCUCAAAGUCGGCGGGUACAUGGUCUACAGCACGUGCUCGUUCAACCCCGUGGAGAACGAGGCCGUCGUCGCGGAGCUGCUGCGGCGCUGCGGCGACGCGAUCGAGCUCGUGGACGCGAGCGACAGAGUGAAGGGCUUGCGGAGGCGGGAGGGGAUGACGACGUGGAAGGUGAUCACGACGGUGGACGACGAAAUACUCGAGCACGCGUCCUACGAGGACUGCCAACGCGACGCCUCCCUCGGCGUCGGUCUUCGGCGCGCGUUUCGACCGAGCAUGUGGCCGCCGGUCGCGAGCGGCGUCACGCGGCUCGGCGUGCGCGUGAGAGGCCCGCCGCUGCGUCGGUGCGUGCGGCUGGUGCCGCAGGACGGAGACAUGGGCGGGUUUUUCGCCGCGUUGAUUCGAAAAGUCAAGCCGCUGCGGGGGCCGUCGCCGACGUCGGAAGGCGUCUCGACCGCGAUGAAGGCACCAGGCGCGAGCGCGAUCGUGCCCCGCGCGAUGGCGAUCGGUGGGCUCGUGGGCGGCGUCCCGCGGCCACCGCUGGAGCAUCGGUACGUCCCCGCGCCGGAGGAGGUGCUGGACGCGUUGACGCGAGAGUGGGGCGGUGGCGGCGGCGGGGACGCGAUGCGCGAAAUGUGCGCGUGCCUCUUCACGCGGUCGACGAGCUGCAGGCGAGUGACGUACCUCUCGCCGGGGAUUAAGAAGAUGUGCGUGGACGCGAUCGGCGCGGAGAGGCUGAAGUGCGUCUGGAGCGGCGUCAGGGUGUGGGAGAAGAGGGAUGACGUCCGCGGCGGCGGCGGCGGCGGCGGCGGCGGCGGCGGCGGCGGCGCGUUCCCGUACCGCCUCACGAAGGAGGGCGCUGUCGUUCUCGCGCGGCACGCCGGCGACGCGCGGCGGCUGCUCAUGCCCGCGAGGGACGUGAAGCAGCUCCUGAGAGAUCUCGGCGCGGACGUCCCGCUGAAGGCGUUCACGCCCGCUGUCGCGAACGCCGCGCGCGCGAUGACGCCGGGAAGCGUGUUGUGCGAGCUGAAGAAGGUCGGCGGCGGGUCGGACGACGCGUGCCCGCCGCUCGCCGUGGAGUUGACGCCGGAGGGGACGCUGCGGGUGGAGUGGCGGUAUAGGAAGGGGUUAGAGGGCGCGCCGAAGGCGGCGGCGGCGGCGAUACUGAGGAAGUUAGACGCGAACUCGCGCGACGGCGGGUACUGA